GGAAAGCACCAGCUGGCAGAGUGUCUUUGGAGAAAAUUUGAGAACUCAUCAACUGGUUGAAAAGAAGGUCUUGUUGGUGCCUACACCCCAGAGCCUCUUGAAAGAAGAUGGCUGGCCUUCAGGACAACACUCUGAGGAUUGUUCUGGUGGGGAAAACCGGAAGUGGAAAAAGUGCAACAGGAAACACCAUCCUUGGGAGAGAAGCAUUUGAAUCUAAACUUGCUGACCAUGCUGUUACCAAGAAAUGUAAUAUAGCAACGCAACACUGGAAGGGGAGGAAACUUAUUCUUGUGGACACCCCAGGGCUCUUUGACACCAAGGAGACACUGAUGACCACCUGUGAGGAAAUCAGUAGGUGUGUCCUCUUCUCCUACCCGGGGCCCCACGCUAUCAUCCUGGUUCUACAGCUGGGCCGCUACACGGAGGAGGAGCAGAAAACAGUUGCAUUGAUCAAGACCCUCUUUGGGGAGCCAGCCAUGAAGCACAUGAUCGUCUUGUUCACUCGCAAAGAUGAUUUGGGUGAUCAGCCACUGGCUGAGUUUAUAGCAGCAUCAGAUGUAAACCUGCAAAGCAUCAUCAAGGAGUGUGGGAACCGCUACUGUGCCUUCAAUAACAAGCAAAGUGCAGAUGAGGCUGAGAAGGAAGCUCAACUGCAGGAGCUGAUGAAGCUGAUAGAGGAAAUGGUACGGAAGAACGGAGGGGGUUACUUUUCUGAUGCCAUCUACAAGGACAUAGGGGAAAAGCUGAAAAGUCAGGAAGAGGCCUUGAAGAUAAUCUAUGCUGAUCAAUUUGAGAAGGAAACUAAACUACUUGAAGAGCAAUGUGCUCAGGGAAAAAUAACAGAGCAAGCAAUGAAGGAGAGGAAAAUAAAAAUAUUGGAGAACUAUAAUGAAAAAAUUAAAAAUAUUAGGGAAGAAGCUGGAAGAAAUAUAUUUAAAGAUGUUGUAAGUGGGAUUUGGAAUUCACUUUCAAAAGUAUGGAAUAUGUUUUGGAAAUAAUGUACAUUUUAUUUCUUAAUAUAGUAUGAUUUGUUAAUGUGGUUAAUUGUAUUUUCCAAAGAUGACUACAACAAUGUAUUCUAUCCCACCCAUUCUUCUUGUAAUCUGAAUUUAUUUUUCCUUCUGUUGAACUAUAGGCUUUGUCCCCUACCUUGAAAUUCAAUGGACUUUGUGACUGUUUUGACAACCAGUGUGUGGUUGUGACUUCAAAAGUGAGAUAGGAAAAAUGCCUCUUUGUUCCCUAGGGUUUGUGGGCUUGGCAAGUGGGCACCAUGUGGUGAGGAAGCCCAAGGUGCUUAUUGAGAGACCAUGUGAAGAGGAUUUGAAGUCACUGGCCCACUUCCCUGGCUGGUCUUUCAUCUGCCAGCAGGACCAACUUGCCAGCCAUGCAAGUGAGGCAAUAUGGAAGCAGAUUCUCCAGCUUCCAACUGAGCCACCUCUGGUGAAGCUACAAAGAGCAAAGAUGGGUCACCCCCACUGCAUCCUGCCCCGA